CUUAUAUAGGACGUGUAUUGUGUGAAUGAGAACAUACUUCUCCUCUGGCACUAGACAUUUCUAUGAAGAGGAAAAGGAAAUACUUUGUAGGAAAUACUGUGCAGAAUCUAUUCUUACCAGAGACUAUUCCUUCAAAACUAUUACUUUUAUGGGUGAGCUAUAUUAAAUCUACCCUUCGUGGUAACUAUGUCUCCGUUCUUAAAUGACGGGAUUAGGGAAUUGUAAAUUAGUGCCAAUUGAAUCAACAAAGUGUUGUGUUCCAACUGACAGCAAGUUAACUGGUUUCAUCUGCUGCCAUAUUUGACAGUGUGUGCUACUACACCCACACAGGAAACUUGAGGUAAUAUAAGAAGCCAAUCACCUCAAUUAAACCACAACAACUGGACUUGGUGCAUGCAUGAAGUUACUGUUGGUAUAAUAAACAAGAUUUGCAUAGAACUAUAGUAUUAUCAGCUGAUUCUAUUACAGUAAUACUAUACAGUAAUAGUAACUGAUGAAUUUGUGGAUUCUUGCUGUUGCUGCUGCUCUGGUGGUGCAAGUGUCUGCACUGGUUCCAACAUGUCAACCACCAGUUAUCCAUGGUUACUGCAUUAACAGCCAGGGUGUUGACAACUGUGCACCAAAGGAUCGACUAAUCACCUCGUCGACUGACCAAUGUCACACCAGUUUCCGAUUUUCACCUGAUCACGUUCUUCCCCCGGAGUGGGAGCUGAUGUUUGACUCUUAUGACUACGAGAGCUUGGUGGGGCCAGUGUUCCUCAGCAGAGAGUUUGACAAUGAUGAAGCUGUGCCGACAGUGGCUGAUCAGUGGGAGGAUCGAGGUGGUAUCUGUCAGCGUGGUUUGAGAGUGUGUGCCUAUACACUAGGAGCUCAAGACAACUGGGUGUUCUCCCCUCACAUCAAAUACCCCCCAGGAAGUACUACCCUUGGUGGGGGUCUACCAACAGAGAUCUAUCUCGAUGUCUCCUUCAGAUUCACUCAGUGUAAUGAUGCCUGUGUGAAUAACUUUGCUGAUCUAUACAGAUAUGACACAAACAGCAUUGCCUCAGAGAGUGACCGAACAGACAGAAGCAAUUACCUCUCUACUCCGUUGUUUGGAGAUAUGACAACAUCUCGAUUGGAUCAGACAGGGAGUGGUGGGACUGUUUCAGACACUAGAACUCUUACCAUUACUUCUCCCUUCUCCUCGAGAACCAAUGGAUUCCAUUUUGGCAUCAGAGACUCUGGAAAUUGUGGCCAAAUUAACCGAAUCUUCUUCUACUACACACCUUGUAAGGAACGACAAGAUGGACUGGUCAACUAUCCUGAGCUUGUUCGUGCCCCCAGCGGCUCUCUACCAAACGAGGGCAUGGCUUGCUGUGCUCCCAACUCUCACCCCACCACCUCUCUCACCUUCAGAGCUCUCAGUGCCAUUGAUGGAACUACUGGUGAUGAAAGAUGUGAGCGCAACGUAAGGUGUGACUGUGAUGCUGGGUACAAACUGAUCGUGAAUGCAGAUGGAACACAUCGAUGUGAAGAAUGCCCUUCUGGAACCUAUCGCUCUCUAACUGAUGACCAAGGCACUUGUCUAGAUUGUCCAAUAAACACAGCAAUGGAUGUGGAGGGUGCUCCAAUUUGCAGCUGUCUGGAUGGAUUCUACAGAGAUGAGCAAACUAAUGAAGGACCUGGAGUGACUUGUACACCUCCCCCUGGCCCAGUAAGAAACCUCCUUACAACCACCAUCACUUCCACUAGUGUUAGCCUCUUAUGGACCAGACCUGAGGUCACCGGAAGAGAUGACUUCUACUACUCCAUUGAGUACAGUGAUCCUAACACUGGGUCGUUCAUACUCAGCAAUGGAAACUAUGUCAAUUCUGUACUCACAGUCUCCUACACAGUCCCUAACCUGCGUCCCAACACACCCUACACCAUACGAGUGACCACUCACAAUGGAGUCAGCGACCAAGAUACUGAGAACGAAGCUCUAAGGAGAGUAGACCUUCCAACCAGAACAGGGGAGGGGGUUCCGAGUGUCCCACGAGAUGUCCAGGUAUUCUCAGGAGUUGUUGUGUGGGGACCCCCAGCUGAGCCUAAUGGAGUUAUUACUGUCUACCAGUUAAGGUUUUCUGGAUCCUUAACUCGCACUGUCAACAAGUUGCCAUCUGAGAGCUAUCACGUUGUUACUGACGAUAAUAUCAGAAAUCUUGGCAGUAACAUUCGAGUUUCAGUACGAGCAAGGACAUCUAUUGGCCCUGGACUGUACAGUAGUCUGAUACAGUACACAGGGAGCUCAUGCCCCCCUACAAUGACCCCCCCUACAAUGACCCCCACUACCUGUCCUCCUGAGAUCACGUGCCCCCCUACAAUGGCCCCCACUACCUGUCCUCCUGAGAUCACAUGCCCCCCUACAAUGGCUCCCACUACCUGUCCUCCUGAGAUCACAUGCCCUACAUGCUCCCUUACAAUGGCCCCCACUACCUGUCCUCCUGAGAUCACGUGCCCCCCUACAAUGGCUCCCACUACCUGUCCUCCUGAGAUCACAUGCCCCCCUACAAUGGCCCCCACUACCUGUCCUCCUGAGAUCACAUGCCCUACAUGCCCCCCUAUAAUGACUCCACCCAUGUGCCCUACGACAGAACCGUCACCCCCAACCUGCCCACCACCUACUGAAGUCUCGUGCCCUCCUACAACGCCUCCCCCAACCUGCCCACCACCUACUGAAGUAUCGUGCCCUACAUGCCCUACACUGCCCCCUACACUGCCCCCUACUACCUGUCCACCACCUAUCACCCCACCGUCAUCGAAUUCUACUGGUCCUCCAUUAUGCAGUACCCAAAGUGCCACAGCCAGUGGCUAUGUGGAUGGUACCUACGUUGCCGUGGGGAUUAUAGUAACGUUCCUGAUCACAGCAAUAAUUGUGGCUCUACUAGUGAUUGUCCUGAGCUGGCUAUUCAUCACAUGUCGGAUCAAGUCUGGUUACUAUUCCCUCAACACCAAGAAACAGCACAAGUACUAACUGAUUAACAAACUUACUUUCGUACAACGUCAAUGACUUCUCAUGCACUCAUCUUAUGUAUAUGGUUUUGUACUUGGCAUGUUAUUUUUUCAUUGCUUCUUUUUUGAAUAUGUACACAACAAUUGUGAUUACUAUAGAUAGUGUAAACAAUCUUGCA